UUUGUUGUGUUUGGUUGAUUUUUUUGUUGUUUUAUAGAUAAUAUUUAUGGAAGAAGAAAAAGAUAUAUCAUAACUCAUUAGUAAUUGAAAUUCCGUUCAUUGUCAAGCAGUACGCACCCUUUUCAAGACGGGGUUUCCGUCAUUUCUUCGCUCACACUCUCUUUAAAUUUGACCGAACCCUUCCGUUUUCACCUCUCAUUCCAUAAGCAGAAGCAUGAGCACAAGCAGGAUGAUGAAGCUUACGCGCUUGUUUUCACGGAACCAGCUAUUUGAACAAAUUGUAUGUAAGAAAGAUGGUUAUGUUGGACAUCCUUUGGGAUCACACCCUUUCUCAACUCGUGCUGGGAUUCCAAAUAUUACACAGAAUUUUACUCAUACAGUGACAAAGAAUGCAGGUGGUCGAGCUUUUGUUUCCUAUCAUGUGUAUAAGGGCAAAGCUGCAGUCUCCAUUGAACCUUGUAUGCCAACUUUCACUAAAGUAGAGUCUGGGAAUCUUAUAAUAGAUCGACGUGGUUCAAUAAUGCUGACAUUCGCUCCUGCCAUGGGCGAGCGCAAGUAUGAUUGGACAAGGAAACAGUUGUUUGCGUUGUCCGCAACAGAGGUUGGUUCUUUAAUCAGUAUGGGUCCCAAGGAUUCAUGCGAAUUCUUCCAUGACCCUGGAAUGCUUUCAAGUACUGCUGGUCAAGUAAGGAAGAACUUAGCUAUUAAGGCUCAUACAGAUGGCAACGGCUAUAUGAUCUCUUUGAAUGUUGUUAAUAAACCACAAAACACCAACGAUUUCUUGAGCCUUCCCUUCACAACAGGCGAAUUUUCUGUGCUGAAGACUGCUUGCAGUUUUGCUCUGCCUAGCCUUCUUGGUUGGGACCGGGUGUUCAAUCCUAAUAUUGGCAUGGGUAACGGUUUUCAAUCAAAAAGAAUUGAUCGUGAAGCAUUGAGUUUAGAGUGGGAAAGAUGAAUGUCCGUAGAAAUGUCACUUCCAGGAAGCUGAAGCUGCUAAAGUUCAAAUUUGGGCUAAUCUUGUCACCUCUUCAACUUCUGUAGUGCGAUGGAUGUAUCCUUCGAAUUUUGCUUUACAGAAACUCUAGUUGGUGGCAGUGUACUAAAUAAUUUUUUGUAUCUGAAAGGCAAUGGAUUAUUUGGAUGGGACUUCAUUUCUGAAAAAACAAGUAACAAUGUACACAAGCACUUUUGUUAA